UUCUCCCCCUUCCCACUAUCUUGUGGCAGUUCCCUCAGCAUCUCCUCCCCUCACCUGUCAUCUUCCAUCUUUCUCUUAGCCCUGGCCCCAUCAUGAGUGUGGAGCAGGGGCUGCAUGAGUCAGAGAAAGUGUCCCUAAUUUGCAGACUGCUGCGCCAGUCCCCUCCAGGGGAGUUCAGGCAGGUUGUCCAAGAUCUCUGUGAUCUGCUCCAAGAUGAUGAGCUGGUGAAGCAGGAGGCUGCCCACACUGGGGCCCGUCACAAUAAGAACAACUUCACCCCUGUCUUUGUAAAUGGGAACACUGUGUUACUGACUCAGUACAAUGACUUAGGGGGAAACCGCUUCUUUUACCCUCAAGAUAAAUUCUCCUUUGAGUUUGACCAUUUGAGUGGGAUAACCAGCAAAACCCAUUUGCAUCGAGUAAUGCUAGAUGAGGCGGAGCUAUGGAGAGGAGCCCUCCACAAGGGCUUGAAUGCCUAUGUGAACUGCCACUUUCCUGCAGGGAACUGCUGUGUGUUCAAAAAAAGCCUGGGGAAGAGGCAGAUGUUAGUGGCCUGCAUUGAGGCUCAUCUGUACCAGCCCUCAAAACACUGGAACAGCCUUUGGAAGUCUGACUGGACUUUUGCUCUGACUCCAGUUAUGACCCGAGUUACAGGGAUAUUUCUUCUCCAGUUACACUACUUCAGAGAUGCUAACCUCCAUGUAACUGUCAACAAGUCUGUAAGUGAGUCUCUGCAUGUGGUAGACCGAAACCAGUUUGUCACAGAUUUCGUGAAGUUCGUGAAAGCCGAAGACAACAAGAUUCAUACUGCCAUUAUGGAAAACAUCCAGGCCUUGUCAGAGCAUACAUGGAGGAAAAAUCUGCGAAGGAGACUCCCUAUUACUCGAACCUUCAUGAACUGGAAUGAACUGUUGAAAAAUCAGCAUCCAAAGACCAGUGUUUCCAGAAAAGAAGUACCUCCAUGAUUACUGAAUUGCACUGUAUGAUCCAGAGGCUUAAACAAAUAAAUAAAUAACUGAAGGACAGAACAGGAAUGCUUUCUAGUUGAUUUA